AUGGAAUACGAUGAAAACACAAAUGAAGUUUUAAUCGAAUCGUCAAAAUUAAAAACUCCACAUAUGAUUGAAUUAGACAAAGAUAAAAUUAAUUUCAAUGAAUUAAAAAAACGUAUUCAAGAACAUUACAUGGCUUUAAAAACCAGUUCAAAUAAAAAUAUCAGUCAAACAUGUUUGAAUAUUGAAAUAAAAGAUUUUAUUGAAUUUGGCUAUAAAAUAAAUACUGGCGACCUUUUACCUAAAUGGGCACAGUACAUAUUCGAUUUAUAG